GAGCAAAGGCCCAACCCAAAUAGAAUAUUGUUUGUCAGCAUCCAACUCUAACUCUAACUCUAACGACUAUCACACAAACUCAUGAAAUCGUGUGGCAGAUAAUUCAGAUAGAACUCCAUUCCCAAAUCCUCCUUUUCUCUCUUCUCCAAUCACCACACUCACCAGUGAAACACAAAACACACACAAACUCAACCUCCAAAAUCACCACCGCAAUGGCCACAAUGAUCAUAGCCUCAUCCAAACCAGUAAUCCGAAUCCCCACAAACUCCCUCCCCACCACCACCCCCAAACUCCCCUCCCUCCAAAUCUCCCUCCCAACCAUCACCCCCAAACUCAAACUCCAUCUCUCAAAACUCAAAUCCCUAACCCUAGCAACAACCUCCCUCUCCCUCUCCUUCGCCUUCCCACCCCCCUCCUUCGCCUUCGAAAAAGCCGCACUCUUCGACUUCAACCUCACUCUCCCCAUCAUCGUCGUCGAGUUUCUCUUCCUCAUGGUCGCCCUCGACAAACUCUACUUCACGCCUCUCGGAAACUUCAUGGACGAAAGGGACACUUCCAUCAGAGACAAACUCAACAGCGUCAAGGACACGUCGGAGGAAGUGAAGCAGCUGGAAGAACAGGCCAAUACUGUUUUGAAAGCCGCGCGUGCGGAGAUCGCCCUGGCGCUGAAUCAGAUGAAGAAAGAGACACAGGUUGAAGUUGAAGCCAAGAUUGCGGAAGGGAGGAAGAAAGUGGACGCGGAAUUGCAAGAGGCGCGUGUGAAUUUGGAAAGACAGAAGGAAGAAACGAUUAAGGCUCUUGAUUCACAGAUUGCGGCUCUUAGCCAGGACAUUGUGAAUAAGGUUCUUCCCACUGCUUAAUUCUAUGAAUAUAUUGCUAUAAAUUUCAAUCCAUCACCAAUGGAACCAUUGUAAUUUUACUUUUUUUAUAUUAUAUGUAUAAUCUCAAAUUCACCUGUGGAGUACUACUCGGACUACAAUCACUUGUUCAUGUUUGUUGUAUUGGAGAAGAAAGUUUGAAUGUUCAUGUUUGCUUAA